UAUGACACUGCACUAUUUAUGUACAGUAAAACAAACGAUCAGCCAUUAUAAUAUUUUCACCGAUCAGAAAAUUGCGCUUUCAGCUCUCCGGAAGUGACGUUUUCGGAAGUUGACAAGGACUUUAAUCUUUGAUAAAAAGAUGGCUGAAGAAGAGAAUCCGGCAGCAGAAUUUGAAGAAACGGACUUUCUGAAAGACCGGCAUGUUAUUUUUUUUCAGAGAUGUUUGCAAAUCUUACCGGAGAGAUACUCUUCGCUGGAAACCAGCAGGCUAACCAUUGUGUUCUUUGCACUUUCUGGCCUGGACAUGUUGAAUACCUUGGAUGUGGUGGAUAAGCCAAGCCUAAUAGAAUAUAUCUAUUCAUUACAAGUCCUUCCCACAGAAGAUAAGUCCAAUCUGGGACGCUGUGGAUUCAGAGGAUCUUCACAUCAGGGAAUUCCAUACAAUCCAUCUAAGAGUCCCGGAGUGAAUCACCCCUAUGACAGCGGCCAUGUUGCAAUGACCUAUACAGGUCUUGCUUGCCUAAUUAUCUUGGGAGAUGAUCUGAGUCGAGUGAAUAAAGACGCAUGUUUGGCAGGACUAAAAGCACUCCAGCUGGAGGAUGGCAGUUUCUACGCUGUCCCAGAAGGAAGUGAGAAUGACAUGCGGUUUGUCUACUGUGGUGCCUGUAUAUGCUACAUGCUCAAUGACUGGUCAGGCAUGGAUAUCAAGAAAGCAGUAGAUUACAUCAGGAGAAGUAUGUCCUAUGACAAUGGUGUUUCACAAGGAGCGGGAUUGGAAUCACAUGGUGGAUCUACAUUCUGUGCCAUUGCUACCCUCUGUCUCAUGGGUAAACUUGAGAUCUUCACAGAGAAAGAACUGAACAGGAUAAGAAGGUGGUGCAUUAUGAGGCAGCAAAAUGGUUUUCAUGGGCGGCCCAACAAACCUGUGGAUACAUGUUACUCCUUCUGGGUUGGAGCUACACUUGAGCUACUAGACGUUUUCCAGUACACUAAUUUUCAAAAGAACCGGAACUACAUCUUGUCAACUCAGGAUCGGCUUGUUGGUGGAUUUGCAAAAUGGCCGGACAGCCAUCCAGAUGCGCUGCAUGCAUAUUUUGGGAUCUGUGCUCUGUCUCUGAUUGGCGAGUACAACCUGCGUAAAGUGCACCCUGCUUUGAAUGUGAGCAGAAGGGCUUUUGAACAUCUUCAGCACCUGCAUCAGACAUGGAGAGCACAGAACAGUAACCCCCAUACAGAAUCCAUGCCCAUCUGCACAUGACACUUCGAUGGACUAAUGAGAAUGAAAAAAUGAAAAUAAGAAAUGUAUUAGAGCAACAUUUUUAAAAGCCAUGUGUAACAAAGUGUGCAUUUCACUAGCGUUUGAUUUUUUUAUGUACCAAAUCAAUUACUGUGAAUAAUAUCAGUAUUACAAGGGUUAGUGGGUGGCAUGUUCAUAAUUGCUUGUGAUUGAAAUUAAGGCGUGAACAUUACAAAUAACAUGUAUGCAAUGUCUUUUAUAGAUCUAAUGAAAUUGUACUGUAGGUAAAAAUGGCCUUUUGUUGACCUGGCAAACUUAUAUGAUUUAUGGUAUGGAUCUUUCAUGACUUAAAGUUUUUAUGACCCAGGAAUAUAUAUUUUUUCAGUAUUCUUGAUCUACCUAAUUUUUUAUGUAAACAUUUCUGGUAGUUUUUAAUUUGAGUCAGUUUUCUGCCUUUAUAGAUUUCUUAAGAGCAUUUUAGUUGUUUCAACGUUUGUGUUAAAAAUACUUCGCCAAACAUUUUCCUUUUUUGCAAACAAAAUAGGCUUCAAAACCUGGUCAUGUUCUUGCUCUUAAAGAAAAUAUAUCUCAGUCUUGAAAGUUUGUCACAAAGCCAUACCUUAUUUAUUUUUGUAAGCAAGCUUGGGUCGUACAGCCUAGACAGCAUGGCAAGCUGAUUAUGAAUUCAAUCACUGAUACGGUAUUUCACUGAGGCACUUAUAUUAGAUGUUUUUGAUUCCAGCUCUUCCUAAAAUAACCUAUACUAACAAUAUAAGUGAUAUAUUUAAUGUUGUGUGUGCCUCAGCCAGAAAUAAUGAUGUGCAUGCUAUCCAAAGUAAAUCAGAAAGGGUUAGUCUGUAUUGCUGCUGUUAGGCAUUUUUCCUAAUAGACAUGCAAAUGUUUUGCUCCAAUUAGUGGUAUAACAAACAUUAUUUUGUUACCUAUUCUAUAUCAAUGUAAAUUACUUUAGAAAAUUAGUAUAAACAGUAGGUUUUCAAACUAUUCUGUUUGCUUAAUAAAAACUUCUAGUAAACUUUGUAAGAAAUUAAGAAUUAUGAUUUUGAGUGAAUAUGUAGACUUAUCUUUAGAUCCUACUGACUGCAUGCAUUUAGAAAUCAAUCAUGGCCCAGCUGAGAUGCAGUAUAUUUUAACUAUGUAUCAGUAUAAUGUUAAGAAUAUACUGUACAUUUGAAAAGGCUUUCUGAAAUAUAAAAACUUUGUUUCUUAUUUAAUGACCCCCCCCCCCC